AGCUAUACCUCACAUUGACUUCACAAUGUGCUCCUCUCACUGGGUGAUGGGCGAGUGGGUGUGUUCAACGGAGGGGGGAUUUCAUUCAUAAAUACAAAUAGCUUUAAAUCCCCAAAAUUAAAAGGGAAGACCGGGGAAUCGAUUGCGAGCUUUUUGUCUCAUGGACCACAUGAAUUAUACUUAGAGGGGACACUCUCUCUGGCCUGGACCAUGAGCAAUGAGUCUGCUGUAUGGACCAACCUAACAGAACACCCCACAGACGUCCCCCUGUCAUCAGGGACACAGAAUGGCUAUGUCCUCCUUCUGGUCCUCUUGUCUAUCUUUGUCGGGGGGACACUGGUCCUGCUGUCCAUCCUUCUGAUUCUCUGUCGCCGCUGUUGUGAGGGGGACAGGCAUCACGCGUGGUUCAUUCUUUGCCUCAGGGCUAGCGAUGAUGCAGAGAAAAGUAAUACCACUUAUAUUGAGGAGGCCCAGCCAGUGCAUGAGAUUACAAUUCGCAUUGAUGAAUCAGACUGCCUGUCAGCAGCCAGCUCCCAUGACAUGGAGACGGAGCGUUUCCUCUCCACAGGCACCACCGGCCGCCGGGUCUCCUUCAAUGAAGCGGCGCUCUUCGACCACAGCAAGAAAACACAGGAGAAAGGUCGAAGGUACACGCUCACGGAGGGCGACUUCCAUCACUUAAAGAAUGCGAGGCUCACACACCUCCACAUCCCUUCCCCCGCCCUCCAGAUACUCACCAUCCAUGAGUGUGAGUCAUCCCAGAACAGUAUUGCCAUGACAAUGCGCCCCGUCGCUAAAUCCAGCCUCUCGAUUUUUCAGCCUCCAGUAUGUUCACUACCCCAGACUGCCCUGACCAGCCGGACCCUUAGUUCCAGCUCUGCGCUUCCUGGUGAUACUCUUAAUUCUAUAGUGGACACAACGUUCUGUGAGAGCAUUGCAGUACCUGGUCCUGAGCCUACCAGCCCCUGUCUAAUGGAGGUAAGAGGAGGGGUCGCUAGGAAUGCAGGCAUCAUAGGUAAUGGUAGAGACCGCACGUCUGCCUCAGCCACAGCCCUGUCCUCCUUUGGAGGGGCCCCACAGGCACCCAUGCUGCAGUUCUUCACAAAGCUCCGUCGACAUGCCAGCCUGGAAGGAGCAAGUCCCUAUUUCAAGAUCAAGAAAUGGAAGUUUGACAGCAGCCAAAGGGCUUCAAGUCUGGACAUGAGAGGCUCUCCCAAACGGAGGCAGUUCCAGAGGCAGCGUGCAGCCAGCGAGAGCAUGGACCAAGAAGAACAUGAUGCCCAUCAUAUCGACCUCAUCCAGUACAUCGCUCGCACCAAGGAUGUGACCUACUGCCCCACCCGGCCCAGCCCACGCCUCUUAUCCCCCCCUUCCACACCCCCACCCUCCCUCGGCAGGUUAGAGGUGGAGGUGAUGGUGGAGCCCAGCUGCAGUAGAGCAAGUGGCCAGGGGGUGAUCGGCCUCCCCUCCAAGCCCUCUUCAGAGGAAAGUCUUGGAAUGGGCUGUUGCCAGGAGAGCUUAGAACCUCAGACCUUGUACCGUGAUAUCUGGACUCUUCGUGCCUCUCUUGAGCGGUAUGUCUCCUCCGACCAGAGCAGCAAUAAUGACAAAGACUCAGUCCGUAGUGAUGCAGACAGCGUAUGUUCUCUAGUGGGUAGAAUGGAAAUGGGAGGGCUGCCUAGAUACCCUUCGCAGGAUAUUGGAGAUGAGAUGGAGGGGGAUGCCGACUUGCCUGUAGACGAAGGUCUGGAGAAAGGAUGCAAGCAGGAUAGUGUAGAUUCUGAAAGGGGAAGUGACGGAGAGUCAGGAACCCGCAAGCUCCUGCAGAUGGACAGUGGUUAUGCAUCUAUAGAAGCUCCUUCACGAGCUCCUGAGGAGCUGCGGCUGUUUGGAAGCAGCAGUAGCAGUAAAGACGGCUCGGCUGUGGAGCGCAGGCACUUUUUCAGUUCUGGACGCAAGGGGACGGUGUGUGAAAGCUUUGACACGGACAUCUUUGAUGAAGAACUAGAAGAGGAACAUGGUAGUGUGGAUGGAGUGAAAACUGAUGAGAGCACAAUCCUGUGGUCACCCUAUGGCCAGAUGUUCACUCAGCGGGACGCUAAACCUCAUCCUCCCAAACUCUCUCGGCGCGACUACAGCAUUGAUGAGAAAACAGACGCACUUUUCCAUGAGUUCUUGCGGCAUGAUCCGCAAUUCGAUCAACAGGAGUCUCCACUGCGAUCCAAGCAUCGUUCCCGUGUGCACCUGCGCAAACAGUGGCAACGUUCCAAGCAGUACAGUGACCCUGGCCAACGCUUCCAAUCCUCUUUUGACCGGUACCGCACUCCACUCCGUCGUGGCGAAACUGUCAACUAUCCUCUAGAGACUAGCUACCACAGCACACUCCCACGAAUUAUUAGUGCACCAGAUGAAGAGAGUAGUGAAGGUGCGACCAGUACUCCCGAUACACCUAAGGCAGAUCAGGACACUACUAGUCAGGAUACUGCUACUGAUAUGGACUCGGUAUCGGCAAAGGACACCAAGAUAUCUUCCAACACUGAUAGCAGUGGAACCGUCAAUGAAAAAGAAGUUCUUGAGGCAUCACUGCCCCCUCCAAUGACUGACACUGUUGGGGAACAAUCAGUGGGCCAGGAGAACUCUAGAAAAGCACAGCUACCCCCUGAGCCUCCGGAUGAAUGUAUGCCCGAACAGCUUGCUGAAACAAGCUAUGGCCCACAGACAAUCACAGAAGAGCUGAGCGACAAACUAGCAGCUACCCUCAAAGAGCGGCUGUACUCGGAUCUCCGCAGAACCAGGGAACAGCCUGAGUGUAGUGCGGUGACUGUGACCUACACAUCACCUGAUCACCAUCCAGUGUAGCAUGUGGCUCCUUUCACCUCUUCAAACAGGGACACUUCACAGCAACUACAAGUUUUGAUUGCUUUUAGUCUUCAAUCUGGAACAGGUUUGCUUUGGUCAUUUUAAUCAUUUUCAUCUCCUAGAUGGUGGUAGAGACGUUUCUUCCAUGCCCAGUGUUAAAUAUAUGGAGAUUAGGGCUCAUACCUCACGUUGCUCAACAUAGCAAGUCUUUAACUAAUUAAAUGUCAAGUCUUUGUUAUUAAUGCUCUCCAUUUAGCUACUUGUUCGAAAGCCAAUAUUUUCUCUGCACUAGGUAAUCCACUGUGAAAUUGGGUGCUAUUAGAUUUAAGAUUAAUUAUAUUUCUAAGUGCAUGAAUUAUAUUGCAAUGCUUCCUAGCUAGAUGUCUGUUUAUGAAUUAUUUUACCUAUUUAAAAACAUACAGAAUAGCCCUCCUUUCAGUUAGAUAUGUUUUGCUACCAUUUGUGGUAAAAUGAAAUAUUAUUUAUUAUUGGCAUUUGAGUUUAUAUUGUGUUGCUAGACCUGCUGUCAGAAUUUUUAACCAAAAAAACAAAAUAAACAAACAAAAAACAUCAUUAAUCCUUAAAAUAAUUGGGAUAAACUGUAAAAAUUAUCAUUUCUUUGGGUAGACAUGUCUAGUUACAAUAUGUCAUAAAUCCUGUAUUACAAACAGCUCAAUCUGUCAAUGUGAUUGCUAUUCAAAAACAACAGCAUUAUCUUUGUUCUAAAUGCUCCUUGUUAGUUAAUGUCUUAAUUUAUCUGAAACACCAUGCCAUAGGUCCACUUAGAAAAAUAGAUAUUUCCCAGCCUAAAUUCAGUGUUUGUAAUCUGGGUAACAUGAUAUGGAAUAUGAGUGGGGUUAGUUGCACUAUAACAUGAGGCAUGUUAGCUUGUUCCCCAAAUUAGAUCCAUGAUUAAGUGUCCUUGUCAUUUAAAAGCAUUACCUUAUCAUUGAAGUACUGAAUGGCUGAAACUGCCUCUUUGUGAAAUACUGUAAUUUUAUGACCAUUGUCUUGCUAUUAUUAUUAUUAUUGUGUUUUCAUCAUUUAAUUGUAUUAUUUGUUCUGUAUUGUUAGAAUUGUGAGAAUGAGAAUGAAAAUAGAGUGAACUAUUUUUGAAUAUAUAGUGCCAAAUUGUCAGGUAAUACCAAGAUCAAAUAUCAGGACACAAAGAAAACAUAGUCUUGCAAAAUAAGGAUUGUAGUAUCUCCGUUUUUGUACACACAGAUAUGCCUCUCUAAGAGUUUCAUUCAGGCCUGUACCAUCCUUUAGAGACAAGUUGAUUGUGAGGAGGGCAUGCCUUGUCUUGUAUGUGUUACAUAAACUGAAUUGUGCAUCAUUUUUGUGUGAAGAUGACCAAGAUGAGAAUCCCAAAAGGUGGACAAUUCCACAUGCUGCCUUUGGGGAAUAAAAUGAACAAAAGAGUCAUUUUGUACAAAUCCCACUGCCCAGCAGAAGCCAUUGUUGUGGAUCUUGCUACAAAAGCCACUAUUCAAGUCAAUACGAAUGAAUAAAACUGGAUGCUAAACGAAUGGAAACUCCAAUCUAGAAUUCCUGUCAAAAGUGAACAGUGUCAGCUGCUGCUCUGGGUUGGAGCUCACAGUAUGAGAUGGAGUCUGUAUUGAUCAUUCUAGAUUUGAUCAUUUCGGGUUUGAUCUUCUCUAGAGCAUGCAAACGAUUAAAAACGAUAAACAAAAUUGCUAAAUGAAAAUCUGAAAUGUGUUUUUUUAUAUGCCUUGUAAAAUACAGUAUGUACACCAAAUUAACUGGAACACACGCUUACAUACCUGGCUGUUGGAUUUUAAUAACCGUAUUCCAAAUGGGACAACCAAAUCAGUACAUUUGUACAAAGGAUACAGUAGAGUUAUAUAAGCACAAUCAUGUCCUAUUACAGGCACUAGAAUAGUCUUGGAUUUGGCAUAAAUGUAGUUGGUAUCAUUGGGUGACGUAUGCACAAUCAAAUAGCCUGUCUGUUGAUGGAUUACAGUUAGAUUUGCAUGUACUGACAGAUUAUUGUUUAGCGGAUCCAAAAUUAAGCACCAAAUGAGAUGUGACAGAUAUUUUUGUGUGUCAAGCAGAGAAUGAAAAAGCUGGUAUUAAAAUGUUUUAAGUAUUUUACAGUUCUGUUAUUUUAGAAGUAAUGCUUUGCUGACUGAUGAGAUUUUGCCAUAUAACCAUUGACAAAAAUAAUAUUUCUUUCUAUUGCUGGGUAUAUUUCGAUGAAAGAGAAAUAUAUUUCUGUGCAAGGUAUAUUUCCAUGAAGAAAUAAAAUCUGUAUAACUGCUUGAUAUAUUACUUAGUAUAAGGGGCAGUUUACCCCAAAAAUUUAAAUUAGGUCGUCAUUUACUCAAAUAAAGAAGAAAGUCAACGAUGACAGAAUUUUCAUUUUUGAGUGAGCUAUACCUUAAGCAGAGACAACUAAACAGAAAGCAAGAAGAGCUUUCUGAACAUUUGUUUUGUUUAGCUGGAUCUCUUUAUUCUAGAUCUAUUGAGCCCUGAGGGACCAACCAAUCUAAACAUUUAUUUUCAUGUUAUGUUUUCCAACUAGUCAAUAAAGAAUUAUGCAUUA